UAUAUUCAAGACAUCUUGCAUUUCGUGGAAAGAUGCAGUCACUUUCGAUUGGUGAGAACCGUAAGUCUCUAUCUUUUUCCUAUUAAACGUUAUUCAAAAAACAUUCGAGAUCAUUUGUUUUCUUUUAUCGACAAAUAGAUUAAGCUUUUUGUAUAUGUAUUUUAAACUCGUUUAAUAAUCUAAAACCGUUCUUCUUUCUAGGCUGAAACUGUAUCAUUUCCUCUACAACAGCCGAAUUUGAAUUUUCAAACAACACAAGAGUUUGUUGAAAAGAUGAAGCCGUUAACAUCGUUAGAGCGUGAUAUAGCUGCGAUUUUACAUAAAAGUGAAAAUAAUAUCCAAGAAAAUUCACUAUUAACUAAAGCGGAAAAGAAAAUUAUUAGUAAAAUGGAUAUUUUACAAGCAAAAGAAAAAUUGUUGGAAAUGAAAAAAAUGCGUGCACUUGUUUCCUAUCAACAAUCAAAAUUUAAAAGAACUAAAAAGAUAAAAAGUAAAAAAUAUCGUCGUCUUGUACGAAAAGAUCGUCAGAAACAAGAAGAAAAAGAACUAGAGAAAUUGUCAAAAGAAAAUCCCGACGAAUUUGCAGAAAAAAUGGAACAACUAGAAAAACUACGAAUUCAAGAACGUCAUACAUUACGUCAUAAAAAUACGUCAAAGUGGGCAAAGGAAAAAGCGAUCUAUGCCCAAUUUAAUACUAAAGCUCGAGAAGAAAUGGAAGAACAAUUAAAACUUGGUAAAAAAUUAAGAGCUAAACCUGCUCUGAGUGACGAUGAAGAUGGACUACCGCAACAGACUGUCAAAAAACAAAACAACAAUAAAUCACAGACGAGACAAACUGAAAUUCCACUAAUUAUUAUACCACCAAAACAAGAUGAAAACAAUCCGUGGUUAAGUGGAACAAAUGGUCAUAAUAAGCCACGAUCACCAACAUCAGAGUAUUCAAAAUUAACUGAAAUAAAAAAUGAUGAAACAUCAAGCGAUGAGGAAGAAGAGGAGGUGGAGGAGGAGAAGGAGGAGGGUGAUAAAGAUAGUACAGAGGUUGUUGUUGCUAAGCGUGAUAAAGAACACAAAGAGCAAAGGAAGAGGAAAGAUGAAAAACGAAAAGAGGAAGAAAAAAUGAUAGGAGAUGAAAAAAAGAUCAAUAAAAAUGGUUAUGGGAUAAAUUCGGUAUUAAACAUGGAAUUACCAAAAUUAACCAAACAAGAAGAUAAUCAAGAAGUACCCAAUACAACUGAUGGUUUAAAAAGAACAGCAUUUCAAUUAAGACAAAUGAAUAUUCAAGAAGCAUUUGCUGAUGAUGAUGUCAUUGCUGCAUUUGAAAAAGAAAAAAAUGAAAUUGAAGAACGUGAUCGACCAAAACCAAUUGAUUUGAUGUUACCUGGUUGGGGUGAUUGGGGUGGCGCUGGAAUUGCUGUUAAUACUAGAAAAAAACGAAAAUUCUUAAUUAAACCUCCACCUGCUCAACCAAGAAAAGAUGUACAUCUUAAUCAUGUUAUUAUCAAUGAAAAAAAGGAUAAAAAAUUAGCUCAACAUUUGGUUAGUGAGCUACCAUAUCCAUACGUAAAUAUUGAUCAAUUUGAAUCGACCAUCAAACAGCCGUUAGGUAAAGAAUGGAAUCCUGAAAUAGCGUUUCGAAGGUUAAAUCAACCGAAAGUCACAACAAAAUUAGGCACAAUUAUUGAACCAAUGGAUAAAUCUGAAUUAUUUGAUAAAAAGAAGAAAAUGAAUAUUGAAAAUGAGCAGACGUCAACCAUAGAAGAUACGCUCUUUGAUAAUAAUGAAGAUAAUGAUAAGAAAAAGAAAAAACAUAACAAAAAAGGAAAAAGGACUAAAAAAAAUGUUGAAAAAAACGAUACAAAAUUUAAAAAUUUUACAUCGUGUUUUAAAGAUGUUCCAUUUUUGAAAUUUUUUUUUUCUCAUUUACGAGUCAAUGAUUAUGAACGUUUUGAACAUGAAUUUCCCUAUGUAUCAUUAUGUGGUCGUGAACGAAAUUAUAUUCGAUGUGAUGAUGUACCAAUUGUGUUUACAAAUUUAAAAACGGAUGAUAUAUUUAAUUGUUGGUACAUUGAGUCAGAUAAAACAUCGAUUAAAUUUGAACCGUCAAAAGUGUAUAUGAAACAUUUAACGGGAAGAAUUUAUCAUCCAGCACCCGGUCUUACUACAGAAAUUGGUCUUAUUAAAGAUAGUAUAUCACAGAUGUUGAGUGAACAUUUUACCUAUGAUAGUGAUGGACAUCCAAAGACGAUUACAUGGAAAAAAAAGACAUAUAUUUUAACUAAUGAAAUUGAAGACAAAGUGAAUAAAUAUAGUCUAUUUAACAAUGAUUAUAGACAAACAAUUUAA